AUGGCUAGCACAACAGAUAAAGAUGCCAUAAAAAGCGAGGUCAACAACUUUGAGCAUACUCCUUCAAAUGGAGAGAUUGAGACGGCGGGGUCGACAUACGAAACUGUCGUCGUUGGGCGUACCUUGCGUAAGGUCGACUGGCGACUGCUGCCAGUACUGACAGUUCUUUAUUUGCUUGCCUUUAUCGAUCGUGGAAACAUUGGAAAUGCCAAGGUUGCAGGCAUGAACACAGAUCUGGGACUCACCUCAAAGCAAUACAACAUUGCGCUCACCGUUUUCUUCUUCCCCUAUUCCAUAUUCGAAGUACCAAGUAACAUAGUGCUCAAGAUAAUGCGCCCGAGCCUUUGGAUCUGUAUCAUCGUCUUCAGCUGGGGAAUUGUCAUGACUUGCCAAGGUCUCGUCAAGAAUUACGACCAUCUUAUCGUGACUCGAGUUCUCCUGGGAGUUUGCGAGGCAGGGUUCUUCCCAGCUGCCAAUUACCUACUAACAACGUGGUAUUGCCGCUUCGAGCUUCAAACUCGCAUUGCUGUAUUCUUUUCUGCGGCUUCACUUGCUGGUGCCUUCUCCGGGCUACUAGCUUUUGCUAUUGAAAAAAUGGAUGGGGUCGGGGGAUAUGCAGGAUGGCGCUGGAUUUUCAUUCUUGAAGGCGCAGCAACAGUCCUCAUUGCUUCGACACUUCCAUGGACGCUGCCUGACUCGCCAAAUACCGCCUCAUUCUUAAAUUCAAGGGAGAGGGAAAUCAUCAUCACACGGCUGGAGCAGGAUACUGGAACGUCAUCCGGCAUAGUAACGAACACUGAAAAGUUUCAAUGGAAGCAUAGUAAGCUGUCCGGAUUCUUCCCUUGCAGAAAUGCAUAUUCUAAUGUCAUUCCUCCAGUCAAAGAGGCUCUUCUUGAGUGGAAGAUAUACGUGGCGACAAUAGUCUUUUGGGGUAGCGCGAUACCCGUAUACGCCUUCACUUACAGUGCACCUUCUAUCAUUCUCGAGCUUGGCUAUUCAUCGGCUAAUGCGCAGCUCCUAACUGUUCCAAUAUAUCUUGUUGGGGUCGUCAGUACUGUACUUUUUGCUCGCCUGUCUGACCGAUCGGCCACUCGUUGGAAGUUCAUCAUAAUUCCGUUCAUCAUCGCGGCAUGUGGCUUCAUCGCCUUACUCGCGAUACCGCACCCACGUUUCCCUGGCCUAACCUAUGCUAUGUUGUUUUGUAUUCCGGCUGGAUGCUAUCCACCAUUGGUCGGAGUUAUGGCAUGGUCAGCCAAUAAUCUCUCACCAAGCUGGAAGCGCGCAGUUGGCGUAGCUAUCUUGACUUCGGUCGGUAACCUGGGAGGCGCGAUUGGGUCAAACAUUUUCAUGGAGAGUCAGAAGCCCACCUAUCAUAUUGGCUACGCCAUUAGUCUUACGAUCGUGGUGCUUGCAAUUAUCAGCACAUUGGGUCUUAAGACUGCGUGGAAACGCCUCAACGACCAGCGAAGUCUUAUUUCAGAAGAAGAAGUAAGACAACAGUAUACAGAGGAUGAGCUGCUUGAUUUGGGAGAUAAAUCGCCUCUUUAUCGGUAA